AUGGAUGAAACGACUGGAUCACCUUCCGCAGCGAACAGACCAGAAAUUGACAUGCCCGUAAACUUGCCCCCUAUAACAGGACGAAUUCCGGAUGUCAGGCCUGAUGCGUCUAAACUUGGCUCCUGCAUGCUCUAUUCUGAAGGAAUAAACAUUGUCAUGCGGAAUGCUAAAAAGGAAUUUGUCUCAAUACCUGUGCGGUCGCUGACAAACCAUCUUGGAGUUAUGCUGCUGGAGAUGAUGUCAGCUGUGUCAAUUCCACAGCUGGACCCUAUGAGUUCACUGUACGACUGA